AUGACCAAUAAUAAGGAUAAAGUGAGUCAAUGGGAAAAUAAAAUUGCUGUUGUAACUGGUGCUAGCUCAGGUAUUGGAGCUGCAAUUGUACAAGAUUUAGCAAGAUCAAAAAUUAAAACAAUUGCAUUAGCAAGACGUCUCGAACGUAUGGAAGGUAUAAAAUUAAGUAUGCCACGUGAUUUACAAAGUUAUUUGAAUCCGAUGAAAUGUGAUGUAUCAAAUGAAGAAGAAGUUCAAAAAGCUUUUGAACAAAUUAUUACUAAAUAUGGUGGAGUUGAUAUUUUGGUAAAUAAUGCUGGUAUAUUUCGUGAAGGUAAUUUAAUUGCAAUGGAUUUAAAAACUAUUAAAAAAGUUGUCGAUACAAAUUUAUAUGGUACAAUAUAUUGUACAAAAGAAUCAUUUAAUAGUAUGCAAUCACGUAAUGUUGAUGGUCAUAUCAUUAUUAUAAAUAGUAUUGCUGGUAAACAAAUUCCAGAUGGUCCAGAAUCAGAUAAUAAAUCAUUAAAUAUUUAUGCUCCAACAAAAUUUGCAUUAACUGCAAUUGCUGAUGUUUAUAGACAUGAAUUUGCUCAAUUGGGAACAAAAAUUAAAGUUACUAGCAUUUGCCCAGGACUGGUUGAUACUGAAUUUUUAACUGAAGAGACACUAAAUUCUGGUAAACCAAUGUUAACACCUGAAGAUGUUUCUAAUACUGUUAUGUAUGCAUUGAAUACUCCACCGCAUGUACAAGUCAGUGAACUAACAAUUCAACCAUAUGGUGAAACUAAUUAAAUUUUUGUAAUUUCAAUGAA